UCUCUUUCUCCUCAGCUUGACGUUCCCUUGUAUAGAGAACACCAAGCUAAAUCUAUCCUUUCAUCUCUGUUUUUCACUUUCUUUUAUUAGAUUUUAAGCUCCGCAAAAAAACAAACGCUUAAUAUGCAGGCGAUCUCCCCUCCAUCUCCUCUCAAGUCAUUAGUCUCGACUCGGCGUCGACUCGCUCGAGUCUCCCCCAACAAACUCCAUGUCCACUGUAUCUAUCGGUCUGAUCCCGUCCAUUUUCCUAACGGCGUUGGCUCCAACCGAGCUGACUGGCAAAGCUCUUGUGCUAUAUUAGCCAGUAAAGUCGUUUCUCAAGAGCAAUCUAUUGAUAAAUCUAAUGGAAAUUCCGGUGAUGCUGAUCAUGUUGCUGCCGUCAAUGGGCACAAGACCUCUAUCGAUCUUAGUUUAGUUCCUCUCAACAAAGGCUCUAACGAUGGCAACUCUGAUAACAAUAAGCCGAUUAAGUCGUUAAGUAUCACGGACCUCUCACCAGCUCCUAUGCAUGGUUCUCAACUCCGUGUUGCUUAUCAGGGAGUUCCCGGUGCGUAUUCAGAGGCUGCGGCAGGAAAAGCUUACCCAAACUGUGAAGCCAUCCCUUGUGAUCAAUUUGAGGUGGCUUUCCAGGCAGUGGAGCUCUGGAUAGCAGAUCGUGCGGUUUUACCGGCUGAGAAUUCUCUAGGUGGAUCCAUUCAUAGAAAUUAUGAUUUGCUCCUCCGCCAUCGCCUCCACAUCGUUGGUGAAGUACAGUUACCGGUCCACCAUUGUCUCUUAGCCUUACCCGGCGUCCGCAAGGAGUAUAUUACUCGAGUGAUCUCUCAUCCUCAAGCACUAGCGCAAUGUGAGCUAACGCUUACUAAACUCGGACUACAUGCCGCUCGAGAGGCAGUGGAUGACACGGCGGGCGCUGCAGAGUACAUAGCCUCUAACAACCUCCGCAACACGGCAGCCAUAGCUAGUGCACGCGCAGCAGAGUUGUACGGACUGCAGAUACUAGCCGAUGGAAUCCAAGACGACUCAAGCAACGUGACGCGGUUCUUGAUGUUGGCGCGUGAGCCAAUAAUCCCGCGCACAGAUCGACCAUUCAAGACGAGCAUCGUGUUCGCACACGAGAAAGGAACGAGUGUGCUUUUCAAGGUGCUAUCGGCGUUUGCGUUCCGCAAUAUCAACUUGACGAAGAUCGAGUCGCGGCCACACCGAAGCUGCCCAAUCAGGCUAGUGGACGAUGCAACUGUUGGGACGGCAAAGCACUUCGAGUACAUGUUCUACGUGGACUUUGAAGCAUCAAUGGCUGAAGUUAGGGCACAGAACGCAUUGGCAGAGGUGCAGGAGUUCACAUCUUUCUUGAGGGUACUGGGGAGCUAUCCUAUGGACAUGACCCCUUGGUGCCCUUCAAGGGAAGAUUAACAAAACCCUCUAAUAGAAAAUUCCAAAAAAUAAAAAAAGAACCCUUGAAAGUGUUAUUAUUUGCACAAAAAGGGGUUAUUGAGUUUAUUUUUUUGGAAUUUGUUUUUUAAGUUGGGAAUUUUUAAUUCAACAGUAUUGGAUGAAUAUGUUAUUGGGGUAAAUAUUUAAAUUACAAUUACAAAUAGUUGUUCAUCUAAUGUGUAAGAAUGUGAAUAUGCUAUUAUGUAAUUUGAGGAGAACCUUUUAAGGAAAAGAACAGUGAAAAAGAAUAUAUCAUAAAAAAUUUCCCAUUUAUUUCAA